AUGUCCGAAAAAAAAUUGGACUAUCCUCACAUAUCGUUACCUAUCCAUAAAAUGAAACCGCACUACGACGCGGUGGUUAUUGGAUCAGGCUACGGUGGUGGGAUUGCUGCUUCACGCAUGUCAAGAGCUGGUAAACGUGUUGCAUUGUUAGAAAAAGGAAAGGAACGAUGGCCCGGAGAAUAUCCAAAUUCAACAACGAAAUGGUUAAAAGAGAUUCAAUAUAGCUCUCCAAAGACACACAUUGGUAAAAAAACUGGAAUGUACCAUAUCUAUAAUGGUAGUGAUCAAGAUGCUUUUGUGGCUUGCGGACUUGGAGGUACAUCCCUUAUUAAUGGCAAUGUAGCUCUUGAAGCCGAUGAUCGCGUCUGGCAAAUGUCGGCUUGGCCUGAUGAAAUUCGCAAAGAUUUGGAUUCCAUUAAAAGAGGUUAUGAAAGAGCUGGUGAAAUGCUUGAACCAUGUAAAUAUCCAACUCAUUUUCCCGAAUUGCCAAAACUUAAAACUUUGGAAGCUCAAGCGAAAUUAUUAGGAAACAAUUAUCACAAGAAUUUUCGCAGAGUCCCAAUUACUGUCACAUUUGAAAAUCGAGUUAAUGCUGCGGGAGUACGUCAACGUGCCUCUACGUUGUCGGGAAAUGAUGGCACAGGAAUUAAUGAUGGUAGUAAAAAUAGCACUCUAAUGAAUUAUAUACCCGACGCAUGGAACCAUGGUUGCGAAAUAUUUUGUGAAUGUGACGUAAAAAGAAUUAAGAAAUGCAAAAAAACGGGGAGAUAUAUUAUAUUUUAUGAAUGGCUAGAUGAUGAACGAACAAAAUUUACGGAUGACAGUAGUCAUGGCCUGUUCUUUGUGAUCGCUGACGUUGUGUUUCUUGCGGCUGGUACAUUUGGCUCAAACGAAAUCUUAUUAAGAUCAAAGUCUUAUGGUUUAAAGAUUAGCGAUCUCUUGGGAAAAGGAUUUAGUGGAAAUGGAAACAUCAUUGGACUUGCUUAUAACACUGAUCAUUUGGUUAAUGGCGUUGGUGCGAAAAAUGAUAAUUCAAUCAACAUGAAAGUUCCGGUUGGUCCAUGUAUUACAGGUAUUAUUGAUAUGCGUCAAGACGCGGAAAAUGUACUCGAAGGUUAUGUGAUUGAAGAAGGGGUUAUACCCGCACCUGCCAGGCAAGUUUUCCAAUUCGUUCUUGAAGCAGGGAAUGUUUUGACUGGCAUCGAAUCAAAGGGUCUUACCCAUUCAGAAUCUGUCCAAAAAAAAUGGAGAGAAAUCAAAUCGAUAUUUGGAGGGGCUUACACAGGUGCCGUAUCAAAUACUCAAACCUAUUUGGUCAUGUCACAUGAUGAUAAUACGGGUCAAAUAGAAUUGGUGGACGAUCGAGUGAAGAUAGAAUAUAAAGGUGUAGGUACUUCCGAUACCGUAAACAGAAUAAAUAAAAUAUUAGAAGAAGCUACUUUGAAGGCCAAUGGAACUUAUAUCCCAUCACCUUUAUGGGCUAAGAAAUUUGGGAGAGGUUUGAUUACGGUUCAUCCUAUUGGAGGUUGUAACAUGGGAAAAGAUGGAAGAGAUGGUGUUGUCAAUCAUAAGGGACAAGUAUUCAUUGGUGACGGUACUGAUAUUCAUGAAGGUCUUUAUGUGUGUGAUGGUUCAAUAAUACCAACGGCCCUCGGAGUUAAUCCGUUGUUUACGAUUAGCGCUUUAUCCGAAAGAAUUUGUGAAUAUGCGGCAAAGGAUCGCGGAUGGAAGAUCAACUAUGGUCUUGUAACAAAACCAAUUGAUUUUAAUAAGCCGAUCGUAUCUUAUAAACAAAAUGAACAAGAUUUGAUAAAAUCAGAGAAACAACGUGAAGGUGGAAUAGCUUUCACUGAAGUUAUGAGGGGUUAUUUCUCAACCGAAGUUCUAUCAACGAAUUAUGUCGCAGCUGUGGAACAAGCGAAAUCUGCGGAUUCAGCGAUGCAUUUCUUAUUAACGAUAAUCGCUUAUAACACAAAAACGUUAGUCGAUAUGGAUGAUCAUUCAGCUUUAAUUACUGGCACGGUGUCUUGUCGUGCUUUAUCACCCGAUCCGUUGCUUGUCACUCGUGGCAAAUUCCGCCUAUUUAUCCCAGAAACAGAUCUCGUGGAUUCAAAUCGAGUGAUGUAUAAUUUAUAUUUGACCGCCACGGAUGGAACAAAAUAUCGACUCAAAGGGUAUAAAUUGCUUAGGAAUGGUACAAUAAAAUCUGCAUGGAAACAAACAACAAAAUUAUAUGUUACAGUUUAUCUUUGUGAAGUUGAUGAAACUGAAGAUUUGGACGAAAUGAAUGUUAGUCAAAAAGAUGAAGAAGCUGACACAAGAAAAGUAGUUGGCAGAGGAAUUCUGGAAUUAAAACCUUUUGACUUUUUGAAAGAAAUGACCACGCUUAGAGCAACCGGGCCGACAGCUGAAUCAAGAAAAAAAGCCUUUUCCUCAUUCAGAAAUUUCUUUGUCAAAACAUUGAUAAAACGUACGUUCGUUAGAUUUCUUCCAUUGCAAUACCCUCAAGCCUUUCCGGCCGCAGGACGAUUUUAUCAUAAGAAUAGGCCAAAGAAAGAAAUAAUCGAGGUUACCGCCGAAGAUGGUGUUAAAUGUUUGGUGCAUAGAUAUCAAGGCGGAAGAAAAGGUCCUGUUCUUUUAGUUCAUGGAGCUGGCAUAACACAUGAAAUGUGGUCAACUAAUUUGGUAAAACAUAAUUUCUUGGAUUAUCUUCUGGAAAAUGGAUAUGAUGUAUUUUUGAUUGACAAUCGAAUGUCGCCUACCAAUCCAGCUUGUUAUGAGCAACAAUCUUUGGAUGAUAUUAGAUUGGAUCAAGCCGCAGCGGUUAAAAAAAUUCGUGAGAUUACAGGCGUUGAAAAAAUUGGUAUAGUUGCCCAUUGUAUCGGAUCGGUUACAACAUUCAUAGGUUUAUUAGAUGGAAAGAUUGAAGGAGUUGGAAGCUUAAUUGCUUCACAAGUUGCGAUACAUACUAUACCUGGAUAUUGGGGUUAUGCUAAAAUACACUUACGAACGAUUCCAAUCUUUAGACACUUAUUUCGUCAAAAUUUAUUUAAUGUAAACACAUCUCCGGAUACCGGUUUAUUCAACAAAAUCAUUAACCAAACAUUACGCUUUUAUCCUGUACCGAGAAAUCAAAUGUGUCGCAAUGCUUUAUGUCAUAGAGUAUCUUUAUGUUAUGGUUUAUUAUACCAACACGAAAACCUUAAUCAAGAAAUUCAUGAUCAUCAAGACGAAUUCUUUGGUACCGUAAAUCUUACAUUGAUUAAACACCUUACUAUGACGGCAAAAAAGAAAUUGGUGGUAAAUUAUCAAGGUAAAAACGUAUAUGCAACGAAAGAAAAUAUUCGUAAUAGAUUAAAUUUCCCAAUUUGUUUCAUUCAUGGGGGAAAAAACGCGGUAUUCGAUGUCAAAGCCUCGAGAAAGAGUUAUGAUACCUUCCGAUCAAUAAAUGGCGCAGACAAUUAUACAUUUCAUGUGAUUAAUAAGUAUGGUCAUAUGGAUGGUUGGUGGGGAACAAAUGUUGAUAAAGAUGUUUUCCCUAUAGCAUUAAAACAUUUAGAAGACACUCAACACUUAUGGGGAUACGCCGCUCAAGACAAGCAGAGAGGUUUUGAGGAUUCUGAUUAA